AUGGGAUCUUUCCACAUACCGAUGUGGAAAACCGCGAGGAGGUGGCUACCGAGCACUCGCAUCUACAUCUUUGGUGCUAUGCGCCGCGUCAACUUGGACCCACUUCAUCGCUCAUGUCUUUACACAUGUUGCGUUUUCUUUCAUCAUUAUUCUAAGACCUACUCAAUGCCGUUUUGGCUUCAUCCGUCUCCGUCGGCAUUAAUUGAUGGCCGCGAAACGGAGGCAAGUUCCAUCUACGAUAUUCGACAAAGUGGAGUACAGAGCAGACCCCUCGACCGAUGUGUAUACCGCCGCAACAUGCCCAGCAGGAUGUCAUCUUCCGCGUCGAAACAAGCAGGGGAUGAGAGAAGGAGUGAGACUUUAUCAGCAGCCGAGCGUACAGAGUUUCGACAGCGGAAGAACGGUUCUAACGACAUACACGACAAGAGACUCGUAUUUGGCUCCAUCAGUCGCGACGAGGGAUUCUAUCUUCAGCCCUAUAAUGCGAAUGCCCAGGCGAGACUCGGCGUGCACGACGGGCUACGGAGAGGCGGAGCGCGUAUGGCCAGUUCAGAGCCAGUCUCAAAACAGACAAUGCCCGGACAAGCGCCAGUCACACGAGAAUCAUCGCCAAUGCAACCCGCAUGCCGAUGGAUAUCGCCUGGACUAUGCGCCGUGGUGCAGCCUGAACGAGACUUUGGCCGCGGAAACGCGAGCUGGGACUUUACAGGGUAG